AGCCUCCUGUUGUGAAUGUGAAACCACUUGCAAAAAAUUUUGUGUCAGGUGAUUUUGUGAACAUAAGCUGUCAAGCAGAUGGUUAUCCGAAGCCAGUUAUCAGAUGGAUAUGGAGCCCAGCGCAUAACCAGAAUUUCAUUUCUGGAAGGAGUGAAAUUCGUGAGAAAAACUUAUUAAUAUAUUCUGCAGAAGCAGAUGAUGAAGGCAGAUAUGAUUGUGUUGCAACAAAUAUUGCUGGAACACAAGUUGCUACUGCUGUUUUAAAUUAUAUUGAGGCUCCAUUUGUUAGCUUGCCUGCUGAGGAGCUGACUGUGAAGAAUGGAGAGCAAGCAGUUCUGAGAUGCAUUGCUGAAGGUAUACCUGAUCCAAAAGUGAAAUGGUAUAAAGGUUCGGUUGAAAUACAACCCCUUUCAUACAUACAAGUUUUACCUGAUGGUUCUCUUUUAAUAUAUGACGUUCAGGAAACAGAUGCUGGAAAAUAUACCUGCGUUGCUGUUAAUGAAGCUGGAACUGCGAAUGAAACAAUGUAUCUAAAUGUUGGAUCAAAACCAUUUUUGAUAAAAUUACCAAGCUCUGUUUCUGUUGAAAUAUUACAAAACAUUAGUAUUCCUUGCAUUGCUACUGGUACUCCUGAUCCUCAAAUAAGUUGGCACUUUGGAAAUGGAAGCAACAUCAGUACUGAAUCAAAAUUUGCUGUUUCAUCUGAAGGGACUCUUAUUAUUCAAGAUGCUGAUCUUUCCGUUGCUGGGAAAUAUAUUUGUAGAGCACAGAAUAGAUUUGGAACUGAGGAGCAAUCUUUGGAUCUUGCCAUUACAGGCAUAAGAAAACCAAUACUAUCACCACUGCCGGAAAUUCUUGAAGUACCAAAAGGAGAAAAGAAAUCUGUAUCAUGUAUAGUGUUGGAUGGGAAUCCCAAACCCCACCUUACUUGGUUUAGAAAUGGUCAGCUCUUGCAAACUGGAUAUGGGUUAAAAAUUGAUGAUGGAAGAUUAGAAAUUCUAAAAGCAGAUGACUUCCAUGAAGCAAAUUAUUCCUGCUUUGCUUCAAAUAUUGGAGGCAAUGCAACUGAAGAAAUGUAUCUGAAUAUUUUAUAUCAUCCAGAGAUAUUUCCAACUAACCAAGAAUUUGUUGUUACAGAAGGAUCAGAUAUAACUUUGUCUUGUAAUGUGAAGGGUGAUCCGAAGCCAGCUAUAUUGUGGUACAAGGACAACAUUCAGUUAAUACCAAAUGAUGAAAUUUAUAUUGAAAAUGAUGGUAGUUUAAAAAUAAAAAAUGUCAGAAGCUUUCAAGAAGGAGAGUACAUUUGCUCUGCUACAAAUAUAGUUGGAACUUCUGACCAAUCUAUGAAACUUAUUGUUAAAGUUCCCCCAAGAAUCAUUCAUCCAGUUUCAUCUUAUAAUGUCACUGAAGGUAAUAUUGCAACAUUGAACUGCAAUGUUUAUGCCAAACCUCCAGCUUUCAUAAGAUGGAAAAGACUGAAACCAGAUGGUGAGGAGGAGAAUUUAGAAAAGUAUAUUAUGUACAAUGGUAGCUUACAAAUCAGAGCAAACUAUGCUGAUGAAGGGUUAUAUGUUUGUGAAGCUGAGAAUGAAGUUGGACAUGCUCGGUCUGAAAUGAUUUUAAAUGUUCAGGUGCCACCACAUGCAGAUAUUAAAGCUCCUGCUACUAUUGUUGCCAUAGCUGGACAUCCAUUAUCACUUGCAUGUGAAACAUUUGGCCAUCCUCCUCCUAAAGCAUACUGGAAGAAAGAUGGUAUAAUACUGCAGUCUUCAGAAUCCCUUUUUGUCAAGAAUGGCAAUUUUACUAUAUUUAAAACAUCUCUUUCUGAUGAAGGAACAUACUCUUGCAUUGGUGAAAACUUGGCUGGGCGUUCUGAAGUCAAAAGAACAGUAACCAUUCAUGAAGAGCCAAAAAUUAGCUCUGUUUAUUCAUCAGCUCCAGAUAUUUUCGCUACCAUUGGGGAUAAAAUAGAUAUUGUAUGUAAUGCUUCUGGAUAUCCCAUACCUGAAAUUAUUUGGACUGAGCCAGAAAGUGAUUUAGUUCAUUAUAUUCAGAAUGAAGUGCUUCAUAUACCUUUCAUUCAAGAGAAGGAUGCUGGCAUUUAUACAUGCACUGCUAAGAAUACUGCUGGCUUUGAUAAAAAGUCAUUUAAUCUUACAGUGUAUG